ACGUGCAUGUUUGACAACAAGCUCUACGUGGAUUUCGGGAAGAUCUUUUGCCCCUAAAAUCGUCCAACGAUGACUAAAUUACAAUAUCUGAAUGUGUAUCUGACUGAGCGUCUCAUGCAAGCUGCUGGGGAAAUACUAAGAGUUGUAGCAGACACAAUAUCCGAGUACCAGGAAGAAAUAUCCCGGACAAAGAGAGAGAACAAAUACCUGAAACGACAACUGAACACACCGGUUCUAUCGCUGGCCCCUCAGCCCAUACUGUCUUGUGUCUCGGAGCAGCAAAGUCCACCUGAGCAGCAGUACUGUGAGGAGUGGAGCCCCAGUCUGGGCCAGGAGGACCUUGAGACCACACAGAUUAAAGAGGAACAGGGUGAACUCGGGACCAGUCAGGAGGAAGAGCAGCUUCAAGUACCGGAGUCUGAUACCAAAGAAGACUCCAUAUCUACUCUUCCCUGUGUGAAAAAUGAUGAGGACCGACCUCAGCCUUCACAUCUUUCCAGAACCGAAACUGUGGAGAACAGAGUCAGGGAGUCUCUACUGACCAACACAACUGGACAGAUCAAAACAGAACCUGAUGGCUAUGGAGUAUCACUAUCAGAACCAACCAGUGACUCCCCUCAGUCUCAGCCCAUCUCUGAAGUAAGUCCAGUCUCUUCUAGAACACAAAGUCAGAACACUGAGAACACAGAAAGUGUUCCUAUUGUUCUGAGAGAUCUAGAAAGGAGACCAGAGGAGGAUACAGACACACACUCAUGUACUCAGUGUGGAGCUGUGUUCUGUGAGCUAUCCCAACUGGAGGCACACAUGCCAUCCCACACAGCACCACACAGUGGUGACACUAGUCACAGGCAAAUCCUCUGCACAGUCUGUUGGAAGUCAUUCACCUCUACCAGUUACCUCAAGGUCCACCAGCGUUCUCACACUAAGGAGAAGCCCUUUCACUGUGGUGUGUGUGGUAAGAGCUUCAGCUACUCAGGGAAGUUUAGGGAACACCAGCGGAUUCACACAGGAGAGAGACCUUACCGCUGCUACGUGUGUGGUAAACGCUUCAACCAGUCAGCCCACCUGAAGGCCCACCUGAGGGUACACACAGGGGAGAAACCCUACUCCUGUCCUGUCUGUGGGAAAGGAUUCAGUCAGUCCAGCCAGAUCAAGAGACACCUCAGAACUCACAUCCAAGAGCGGUAGAAUAAUAAUAACUUGGAGUGGAAAGAGCCCAUGAGUGGAUAAACAGUAACCUCGGAAACCGCCUGAUCUCACAAGCUUACGUGAAUGGUUCGCUACCACAGAAUCAGUCUGGUAAUUACGAGGCUAGAUAGACAGAGCCUUCUGUUCUCAAAGUGCCCAGCAUUUGGGAAGAGAAAGAAAUAAAGAAAUUUCUUAUUUUCAGUGCUACUAAUUCUACAGUAACAGUGCCUCAAAGUGUUCAUACCCCUUGACUAAUUCUACAUUUUGUUGUUACAGCCUGAAUUCAAAAUGGAUUUAAAAAAGAAUAAUAAUCUCACCCAUGUACACACAAUACCCCAUAAUGAC